UGUUACAGACAGACAGACAGACAGACAGCGGAGCAUCUCUUCUCUCGCAUCAGCAUCACGGGGUUUAAUCGCUCUUUCUCCAUCACCGAGGCGUAGGAGGCGUCUGUCAAACCUGUGGAGCGUCUGUCUGUCUCCCUCUGUCUGUGUCCGUCUGUCUGUUUGGACGACUCUACGCACAUCGGUCUUUUGUAGUAGUUGUAGUUUGGAGACAACAAACCGGGCUUACGGCUCUCUUGGGGAAUCUCUCUGUUAUCCCGGAAGACUCAUCACAUUCUCGCCUUGAAGGAAGUUUAAGCGAACAGCUGUGUGUGCGUGUAAUUUGGGAGCCAAUCAAGCAGCCAUGGACGCGUUAAUGAAGGGUUUCUCUAAAGCCAGGGAUGGGGUCGUGGCAGCGGCGGAGAAAACCAAGCAGGGAGUGACUGGAGCAGCUGAGAUGACGAAAGAUGGGGUUAUGUUUGUCGGUACCAAAACAAAGGAUGGAGUCACAACAGUUGCAGGUAAAACUGUGUCUGGAGUGUCUCAGGUUGGUGGAGCCAUGGUUACCGGCGUUACCGCUGUGGCCCACAAAACUGUGGAGGGUGCAGGCAAUAUUGCAGUUGCCACUGGAUUGGUCAAGAAGGAUCCAGUCAAACAAGGUGAUGAAGCCUCAGCAGUACAGAACGUGGCAGAGUCACCAGUUGAUACUGACCCUGCUGACGCUACAGAGGAGGACACUGAUGACUAAACUGAUCGAGAGCUUCACAAUCAAAGAUCAAUGACUGAAACAUUCCAUGUCGCUCUGCCAAGUCCAGUUGUGCCUCGUUUUUGGUCCUUUAUGGAGUCUGUGCCCAACGUCUGUGUGUGUGUGUGUGUGUGUGUGUGUUUCUGUUUGUGUUGUUAUGUAUGUCUGUACAGCAGUAAAUGUGUAAAUGUUGUAGAGAAAGAGAGAUUUUGUAUGUGAGUGUGUGUGUGUGUGUAUGUGUGUGCCUUUUACACAUCAGUCCUGAAAGGGACCUCAGGUGUGUGUCAUCCUCAACCAGCUGUCAUUUACAGUGACUCCCUGCCACUGAGAAUGCCACCUGGUCACUGUGUGUGUGUGUGUGUGUGUGUGUGUGUGUGUGUGUGUGUGUGUGUGUGUGUGUCUAUAUGUACGUUUUUUGUCUAACCGUGUAGCUAUGUCAAUAACUCAAACAUGGAAACAUACCACAAUUUACCACUUCAAGCACCUAAGUGUCUCUAUAUAAAUGAAGAAUUUACAGUGAUCUCUUUGAAAUGGAAGCAUAAUGAUAUUCUCUAUUUUUGUCUGUAUACUGUCACUGUUUUUUGCGGUGGACUAUAAAGUGCUGAGCUAUUUGUGCAUUCAUAUUGUAUUUUUUAAGUUAUCACUGCUGUAACAAAUAUAUCUCAUAUUGAAUGGACUUUUGAAAAACCAAGAGCAUGUAAAACUACUCAGCUUAACCGCUGUGAUAUGAAUUUAUUUGGAGUUAAGUGUUGAAUAAAAUAUGUAUGUAAAGUG